AUGUUUUGUGUCAUGUUGGCUGUCGGGACGCCCACCGUCCCAGGCUUCGGUGGGCGUGGGAGGCGGGAGGUGUGGGUGUGGAUCGUGGAGGACAGCGAGGAGCGGAAGGGGCGGGGCAUCCACGUGCUGGUGCUGCACCAGGCCAGCGGCGCCGUGAUGGCCCAGCGGAUUUUCGACACGUACUCCCCCCACGAGGACGAGGCCAUGACGUUGUUCCUUAACAUGGUGUCCCCCGGCAGGAUCCUCGUGCUGGCCAUCAAGGAUGAGGGGACGUUCCAGAUGAAGAACGGCGGGCGGGACGCGCUGCGACGCCUGGGCAGCACGCACGCCCACGAGCUCGGUGCGGGACAUGUGGGCGAUGGUGGCGUGAAGGGCGCGGUGUACGGGGAGCAGCUCGCCCACAGCCCCGACUUCAAACACGUGGGGCUCGGCCUCAUGUUGAGGGCGGAGGUGCCCCUCGUGCCCUUCGAAGUGAGAGAAAGCGACUGCGGGUGGCCGGACACGGAGGAGCACCGCCGCCGGAGGAAUUCUGCAGCCACUCGAGGCUACGGCUCCGUGUGCUCCUGCAAGCGACCCCGCCCCUCGCCUUCACCACCGAGCCCGUGACUCCUCAACAACCAGGUGCACGAUGUCCCCGUCGCCAUCAUCGCCAGCAACCGUCCACACUAUCUGUACAGAUCCCUCCGCUCACUGUUGGCGGCCCCUGGAGUGAACCCCGACAUGAUAACCGUUUUUAUCGACGGUUAUUACGAAGAACCUCUCGCCGUGACCAAGCUCUUCGGACUGAGGGGGAUCCAGCACACGCCACUUGGGGUACGGAACGCCCGCAUCACCCAGCACUACAAGGCCUCCCUCACCGCCACCUUCAACAUCUUCCCGGCGGCGCGCUAUGCCAUCAUCCUUGAGGAGGACCUCGACGUCUCUCCGGACUUCUUCAGUUACUUCAGCCAGACCCUAAGACUCCUAGAGGAGGACCCCACAGUGUACUGCAUCAGCGCCUGGAACGACCAAGGCUACGAGCACACCAGCAGCGACCCGGCGCUCCUGUACCGGGUGGAGACCAUGCCCGGCCUCGGCUGGAUUCUCAAGAGGUCGCUCUACAAGGACGAGCUGGAGUCGAAGUGGCCGACGCCGGAGAAGAUGUGGGACUGGGACAUGUGGAUGCGUCUCGGAGAGGUCCGCCGUGGCCGCGAGUGCAUCGUCCCGGACGUGUCUCGGACCUACCACUUCGGCUCCUCGGGCCUCAACAUGAACUCGUACUUCCAAGACACGUACUUCAAGAAGCACUCGUUCAACACUCUGCCCUACGUCGAACUGCGCGAUCUCGACACCUUGAAGAAGGAUGCCUACGAAGAACUGAUCACAGGGAUGUUGCGCAGGGGGACGGUCCUAGAUCAUUCCCGGAGUCCUUGCGAGGAUACCUUCAUUCCAGACACCACAGGCCACACCUACCUGCUGUUCAUCCACAUGGAACACCACAAAGAUUAUUCCACUUGGUUGCAGGUCGCCAAGUGUCUUCGAAUUUGGGACCUCGACAGCAGGGGAUAUCACCAUGGCAUGUGGAGGCUUAAUAUGAAAUCCAACCCCCUGUUGAUUAUUGGCGUGCCUUUCUCCCAGUAUUCAAAAUUCAAACCCCCUGACUUAAAACCUCUGCGCAUGGAAGCAAAGGACAAAGGAAAGGAUCAAGGGAAGCCAAAGGAGAAAAACAUCAGCCAAAGAUAACAAUUUGCCUUGGUGGUUCUGGAACCAAAAUAUGCUGUGAUGUACGAUUUGGUCGUGAUGUGGCGUGAGAGAGAGAGGGAUUCGAGUGAUUCUGUGAAUCUGAGGAACAUGAAGAUUAAUGAAUAAGCAAAACCAGCAUGGAUGGAGAUACUUUGCUGAAGGAUGCUAAGCUCCGCCUAAUGUGAUGACUAGACUAAUCAUCGACACUGUGAGAUAUCUCGUAGAUGCAUUAAUGCCGUACGUGAAGUGGCGUUCAACUGCAAGUGACAUUGAACUUCUGUGUAAUGAAGCAGCUGGCUGUGCACACUUUAAUGCUCUAGACAUAGUUAGUAGUGACCGCCUUAUUAAUGCCCAAUAAGCCACCAUCACCCGAUAUAUACAGAGCCUCAGACUUGGAAAAAAUGAGAAGCUUCAGCCACUUUUUUGAAAGUAGGUUGUAGAACCUUUUUUCGGUUCUUUAAUAGCAGUGACUUACAGAUCAUUUUUCAUAUAUUUAGAAAUAUUUUGAAAAUGGCAUUUAGCUCUUAAAGAUUUCCUUGUUUAUUUAGACAAGUAUUAGAGGUAUCAUAAAAUUAAG